CCGUCCCCUGGCUCUGGAAGAGGGCUAUGGCCAUUGUUUCGCUCCUGGUCUUUCCCCCCGUCUGAUCAAUUUCACCACCGCACGGUUUAAAAAGGACGGCAACAUGGCUGAGAUGGGCAAGGGAGUCACUGCAGGGAAAAUAGCCAGCAAUGUCCAGAAAAAGCUCACCAGGGCCCAAGAGAAGGUCCUACAGAAGCUUGGCAAAGCUGACGAGACAAAAGAUGAGCAAUUUGAACAGUGUGUGCAAAACUUUAACAAACAGCUGUUUGAAGGUUCCAAGCUGCAGAAGGACCUCCGGACGUACUUGGCUUCUGUAAAAGCAAUGCACGAGGCAUCCAAGAAACUGACAGAGUGUUUGCAGGAAGUGUAUGAGCCGGAAUGGCCUGGCAGAGACGACACUAACAAAAUAGCAGAGAACAAUGACCUGCUGUGGACAGACUUCCAUCAGAAGCUGGUGGAUCAGGCUUUGCUAACCAUGGACACCUACCUCGGCCAAUUCCCAGACAUAAAAUCUCGCAUUGCUAAACGGGGAAGGAAACUUGUGGAUUAUGAUAGUGCUAGGCACCAUUAUGAAUCUCUACAGACAGCAAAGAAGAAAGAUGAAGCCAAAAUUGCCAAGCCUGUCUCGUUGCUCGAGAAAGCUGCGCCUCAGUGGUGCCAAGGAAAGCUACAAGCGCAUCUCGUAGCUCAGACUAAUCUGCUACGGAACCAGGCUGAAGAAGAAUUAGUAAAAGCUCAAAAAGUGUUUGAGGAGAUGAACAUAGAUCUUCAAGAAGAACUGCCUUCACUAUGGAAUAGUCGUGUUGGAUUUUAUGUCAACACAUUCCAGAGUAUUGCCGGCUUGGAGGAGAACUUCCAUAAGGAAAUGAGCAAGUUGAAUCAAAACAUGAACGAUAUCCUUGUGAAUCUAGAGAAAGAGCAUGGACCCAGCACCUAUCCUGUUAAAGCUCAGCCAAGAAAGAAAACUAAACUGUUCUCCAGGCUGAGGAAAAAGAUAAGCAGUGAUAGUACCUCUGCAAAAGCAAACAAAACCCCUUCAUCUCCACCUGAUGGGACCCCCGUCACCAGCCCUGAGAUCAAGGCAGUGAACCACGAGCUGGAGCCGUCCACUCUGGAAACACCUGGGGGAGGCAUCCCUAAGUCUCCAUCUCAGUUGAGGAAAGGCCCUCCUGUGCCGCCACCUCCAAAACUCACUCCGUCCAAGGAGAUGAAGCAGGAGAACAUCAUCAACCUGUUUGAUGACAAUUUUGUCCCAGAGAUCAGUGUGACAACCCCCUCACAGUUUGAUGCCCCUGGGCCCUUCCAGGAGGGAGCCAGCCUGUUGGAUCUGGAUUUUGAUCCCAUUAAGCCAGAUAACAGUCCCGUAGGGAAAUCACCCACGCCUGCAGCCCAGUCUUUGCCUUGGGAUUUAUGGGAGCCUGAAAAGACUCCCUCUAGCAGCGUACAAUCUAUGGAUCAAUUUCCUGCUGAUAAUCCUAGCACUAGUGAAUUCGUGGUGGACUGGCCUAGCCAGGCCACUGAGACUGAGGUCAGCCAAUCCACAGAAGCCGCUUCUGCUGGUGCUGAGGCAGCAGGCAAAGAAGCUGGAGCUGAAGCAGCUAAAACCGAAACUGACUCAGGAUCUGCCUCAAGUUCUUUGCCAGCUGUAGUUGUGGAGACCUUCCCAGCCACAGUCAAUGGAACAGUUGAAGGCGGUGCCCCCUCUGAGAGAGCUGACAUGCCACCAGGUUUCCUGUUCAAGGUACAAGCCAUGCAUGACUAUAUAGCCACUGACACCGACGAGCUACAAUUGAAGUCUGGGGAUGUUGUCCUGGUGAUUCCAUUUGACAAUCCUGAGGAACAGGAUGACGGAUGGCUGAUGGGUGUGAAAGAAUCUGAUUGGCUGCAGCACAAAGAAUUUGACCAAUGCCGAGGAGUUUUCCCAGAGAAUUUCACAGAACGAGUGCAGUGAAGUUCCGGAGCUGCUAGGUAGCUUCCCUGCAGCAGAAAGCAAGAAGUCUUUUUUCCCUCUCCCAGAGAAGUCUGAAAAAGGAGAAAAUUUUAAAGGAACAAAAGCCUAAAAAGUUGUGCUCUUCACAGAAAACAAGGUUUUAGAAGUACAUUGAAUUCAAAGUGUUAUUAUCAAUAUGUAGGUAAUAAAGAAAGGCAGGUCAAAAACAUCCUUUUUCCUUUUGAUUUGAACAGCGUUGCUAUUCGGAAAGUUGUUAACCUAGGUGGCUGAGCAAUUUUGUGUAAAACGGAAUGAGGGUGUGCAGCAUCACGAGCCCUGAGAUACUAACUGUCCAAUUUUCUUGAAACUUUGCACUCAAGUGUACCCUGUGGGAAAGUGAAGUCAACCUGUCUUGUGAUUAAGGUUGCUGAUGUGGCAUCCCCCAGAUUUCUGACCCUGCAGUUAUUUCAGACCUGCAGCCAUAAGCCCAAUGCCUGUCAUGCUGUUGAAAAGAAAUAUGUAGUGUAUAAAUAAAUAUAGUGUGUGUGUGUGUGUGUGUUCUUCCCUUUGGAAAAUGUAACAAGAACUGUGAUUUUAUACAUUUAAAUGCAAAGUUACCUGUGAGUGCAUAUCAGGCAGCAUAAUCAGGAAGCUGUGCUUGAUCCAGAGCUCCUUCUGCCAUGUGAUUUUUUUGGCACCUGCUAAUUGGUGCCCUAAAAAAAAAGAGCUAAAAGUUAUUUUUAAAAAUAUCUAUAGGUUAUUCGAUUUUUAAAAACAACUUUUUCCUGUAGCUUGGAGCACAGGCAGGAAGAUUGUUUACAGUUGGAGAAUUUUGUAGACAAAAUGCUAUUCGCCUUUUUCAUCGUGAACAGAGAGCAGGUGCCCUGGAUAGUCUGAGCUUUAUGGGUAGCUUCAACAGUGCACUGUGAUUUCCAGUGCUGCAGCUAUAGUGGUGCCCUAUUGCUUGUCAAGUGUACCUGACUGUAGAACCUUCCAGGGGUUGUUCCAUUACAAUACCACUUGUGAUGGCGUAACUGGGCCUGUGUUACCUGGGAUACCCUUUAGGGGACUGCAGGGGAAAGAUGGUGGAUCCCAAUGUCAUGCCUGCUCUCCCUGUGCUGCUGUGCGUAAGCACUCUGAUAGUGGAGGCUGUUUAUGGUAUAGCUGUUACACCCCUGUAACUCUGGCUUUGCAGGCACCAUUGCCAUUUGCAAAAAAGAAAAAAAAGGCCCUUCUUACAGCAUAGUUGCUACACUCCAUUCACUUGCCAGUGUAGUGGCUCAUGUGAUAAGGAGGGAAAGUGAAGUGUAAUAAGGCUUUAUUUUUUUAAAAAAUAGCUAGUUGACAUUGAUAUUUCUUUCCUUUAAAUCACAGCAGGGCAAACUGUCAGUUUGGAGGUAGGGUUCUUGCGAUCCCUCAUGGAGUCUUGAGAUACCUAAUGAGAAGACAGGAAGAGAAGGCAAACUUUCCUGCCACCUUUGCAUGCAUUGUACAACCACAGGAGAAUAUGGGUAUGUUCUGUGCUGGGCAAAUCUCUGCUGGGCAACUCUGAGGUCCAACAGGCACCCUGUGAACUGAAUGUGAAUGCCAAGGAACUUGACCCAUAAUCCUCUUCAGUUCCCAGAGGUCACAUGGCAGAAGUAGAAUAAAGUUCUUCUAGCAGAAACUGCUGGUCUAAUGUGCACUGGGAUUCAUAUUGCUUUUAUCGUUCCUGUUUAUUUGCUGUUUUGCAUAUUGUUACAAGUGAACAAGUUGCUAGGUAGCUUUCAAAGUGAACAACGGUCCUACCAAAAGCAAGAGGUUUCUUUGCCCAUACCUGAUCCCUAAAAAGGAUAAACUUUACUUGAAUUAUGGAUGCAGCUAGAUUUUCCUGUGGCUGCAUUUAUUUGUUUCCAAGUUGCUCUUUGGCUUGGGGGUGUGUGUGUGUUUUUAUUUGGGUUUUUUUUUUUGCUUGAAGGGACUCUUCUAGGACAGGCUUCCUCCCAUGACACUGGCAUAUGAUGUGGGAUUACUGCAUUUAAUAACCUUAUAAAAUAUAAGCUGCUUUUAGCAAAGCAUGACAAGCCAAGAUAAGUGACAAAAAGUCUACUUAGCAGAUCUCUUACUUGUAGAACAAUGAGGGUGUUUAAGAGAGAGAAAGCAGAGAGCCUUUUGCUAUAGGUCAAAAGAGAGGACUUUUGCUUUACUCAGCAAAACGGAAAUGGUCCAAUUUUGUGUAAUGGAAGUGAAACAGCAUCAGAAUCACUGCACAGUCAUCAGUGCAUAUACAGUGCCAAGGGUUUUGGAGAAAGCUGUAUGUACAUGUAGUGCUUUGGUUACAGUUCAAUGCAUUUAAAAUCCGCUCACCUGUCUUUAAUGGAAUGACUCCAGUUUUACAGCAAUGUAAUGAAGAUGCAAAUCUGUCUCAAAGUGGCUUCUCUGUGGAUUCAGUGUGUUCUGGAUUUGGUGAUAUUCCCAGACAAGCUUAUGUUGGUUAACGUCUUCUGUAUUCCAAAAAACCCCCCCACCUUACCCAGUCCAGUCUACUACAAGGUUGUAAGUUACUGCAUUGUUGCACUUGUAGAACCUUAUUCUCACUUUAUUCAGUCUGUCCUAAAAAGUUUAUUUUUAUGCAUUUGUAACCCAACUUGUCCUCUACCUUGGGGGGCAACACUGGGAGGCAUAUAUAAAGAAAUAUAAACUAAAAUACAUUUACUCAGUAUGGAAUAUCUCAGUAUAAUAUCUAUUUUUGUGGGGAGACACUGUUAAUUUUUUAAAUAGAUGAUGGAAUUAUUAUGAGAGCUACAUUAUGACAUGAUAAGAGCCAAACACUCGCUUCUCCAGCUGCAGUUGUAUUUGGAAGUUAUGCUGACUUCUCCUUCACUGUUAACUUCUUUUUUCCUUCUAUUUUUGGUGCGUGUGUAUGUGUGUCUGAUUUCCAGGCAAGUGUUAUAAAACUUUUCUGAUCAACACAUCACUUCGUUUAUUACAGAAAAGCAGUCAUCCAGUAUUGUACUGUGUCUUUAUUGAUACUGUGUUCUGAUACUGUACAAAUUGGGUUAGCUCUUCAUCUCUGAAAUAACACUGAUGAGUUUGUAGUUUCGGGUCUGUAAUUAAAUGUUCUUCAGUCGCCACAACAGGGAAAAAAGGUGUGCUACUGACUUCAAUUUGCUUCUGAAGAAAGUUGAUCCAUUAAAAAAGAACAAUUCAUUUGACAAAAAUGAAACCCCCAUAGUUUGGAUCUUUUAUAGGAAGGGCAUGGAUGUUAUAGAAGGGGCAUGGAAUGUAGGAUUGGGACCAUGAUAUCGUAAGGCUGGGAUGAUGAUAUAACAAACAAAUAUAUUUCCCCAGUGCAAACAAGUAGAUCUUCUCACUCAUUUGUUUUUGAGCUUAAGAAAAGACAUCAUGCAAAUCCCAAACAUUUAGGGAACAUCAUACCUUUCUACAUUGCACAUGUAUACUGGAUGAAUACCACUUUAAUUGUCAUGGGUUUCCUUUAAGAAUUCUGGGAUAUGUUGUUACAUGAAGGUAUUGCAAAGUUUUAAAGAGAUCCCUGAUCUCUUCCCACUCCCACCCCACUCCCCACUAAAGUUCCAAGAACUUCCUGGUGCAACUGAAUAACUAUUACAGUAGUUUAAGGCUAUGGUGUAAAUAUGCCAUGGCUUACAUAAAAGUAACAGGCUAUUUUGACACUGGUGUGAUUUUUAUUUAAGUUGAAUGUGCCUUAUUAGAAAGCUUAGAAAAGAAAGAGAAAAAAUGCACUAUGCCUUUUCACGUAGCAUGAAAAUUAAUUCAUCAUCAUUCAGUCAUAUCAUAGUCUAUUUUAUACUAUAUACCAAACAGUUGCACUAUGACUGAAUUCAUUUAAAAACCCCAGUUUUCUUUCUCCUUCCAGUCGUUUUCUGCCAUCUGUAUCUGCUGCUCGGUUCACUUCAAACAUGGUAGAUAUACUGAAAUGGUAUCCGUUCUUAUGUAAACAAUUUCAUGUACACUGUAUGCAUAUUGUUGUAUAUAAUGAACACACAUCUCUGAUGCCAUCCAAACCUAUUGUGGGACACCCAAAUUGGCACAACAUUUAUGUCAGGAAAUGACAUGUAUGCUUUUGUCACAAAUACUAGUGCAUAUGUGAGAUUGCCUAAACAAAAUGGUACCAGUGUAAGAAAAGACUGUCUGUGAACUGGCCCUAUUUCUCUGCUCAAUUGGAAGGUGCUAGACUGGGCAGUUUUUGACAAGAAAAUGAUGAGUCUGGAUUUCCUUUUGAAAUGUUUCUGUGAUUUUUACUGCAGUAUGAUCUAAGAGAAAGAGAAAAUAGGAAAGCAAGUGGGGAAGCUGUAGGUGCUUUUCUGUCUAUUUUUGUAUUGUGUGCUUGAAACGUGUGAAGUCACUUUCUGGAGGGAUUUUUUUUAGGUGAAAGGAAAGAUGAUCAGUGUUCUCUAAACUUGCUCAAGUGUUUGGGUUGUUUUUAUAAAAGGUUGAUGGUCACCAUUGGAGCCAUGGAAUUAAUACAUAUUUAGGUAUGAGUAGCUUAAUUUUGGUAGAGUAGUUAAGCAGCUACUGCAAGGGGCUAACCACCUUUUUAGACUCACUGGAUUCUAAGGAAGCUAAUAUUUGCAAAUAAUAUCUCUCUUAAAGGGCUUGCGACUUGACAUAACUUGGUUCAAACAUCAGACUGUAAAAUGGGUGUAAAGUAAUGGGUAGCAAGCCGAAGAGUGAGUGUAAAUUCCAGGAGUUAGGAUGGCAAGUUGAGACAGCUUUUACAAAGAUAUUCAAGUGUUUUGAAAAGGUCAGGCUGGUCCUCCUCCUUCAGAGCACACCCCACUUUGCCAUAUAUUGGAAGUUUCCCAGCUGCUAGUUGAUAAUAAUCUCUGUUUUUAAAAAACUAAAUCAUUCAAGCAAAGCUGUGCAGAAUACUUGGAAGACCUUUAAAACGUUCAAAAAGAGGCAUAGCUGGCUGGCAUCCCCCCGCCCCCCCCCCGAUUAAACAAGCCUCUGUUCUACAGAGUUAUACAAUUUCAAAACUCUAUAGGGAUAUUUAAAUUGGGGACACAGAGUGUAGUGGAGCAGAUAAUAUAAAGAACUACAGAAAUCCUGUUCUUCUGCCUUGUUAACCAACUAUUAGUGCAAACUCCCUGGUGGAGCUUUGCACUGAUUCCUUAUAGAGUUUAGUUACCUCUUUAGAGAACUACACUCCAGUGUUUCAUAGUAUGUGGGUAGAUUGGUCGAAUUCAGACUGAUAAUAUUUACUGCAUGUUAACGACUGACAAUCAGCCGCACAAUGCAUUGCUAAAGGGUCACUCAGAAAAAUUUCUAUAGGAUGAAACUACAGGACAUUGAGUACCAGAUUAAAGUAUUAUAAGCCUUCAGUUAAGGUUAAGGUCAUAGAUCAAGAAGCAGCUAAUACUAUAUAAGGCACAUUUCAUGUUUAACAAAGUCUUAUUCAUUUGCUCCAGGUGAGCAGUUUAAGGAUGAAAGAUUCUGGAUUCUUCACCUGCCUAAAGGUCUGCUGGACAGAGUGCCACCUUGGACAGUUCUUGUCCAGGCAGUGUUUUGGAAUUACAAGGGCAGAGUAAAUGCUCUGAACAUCCCAAUGGGAGUGUCACAUAUCACAUUUCCCAUGGCUGCUCUGGAGAUAGUGUUCCAUUCAUUUGGAAAAGUUAUUUUCAAGGUGUUUGGAUGCUGCCUUUUGAAGUAUUGUAUGACAACGAGUUUUUUGGCUCUAUGGAGGGAUGAAGCGUUAGAAUUCAGACCUAUGGCUUUUGGAUGUUGGUGAAUGGAACAAUCAUCUAGAAAUUUUGUUAGCCAGAGUUGGCCAGAUGAGGUUUUUUAUGCCAUUGUGGUUCAGGAAUUGGCUGAAUGCCUCCCCCAUUCAACAAGAUUUCCUGGGCAAAAAAAGUUACUUUUCUGAACAGCAGGUUAUAUCACGUUGUGCAGACGCCGCCCUCAAAAGCAGAUUUUUUUGACUCCUAUAUCAUACAGUAUUUUUUACCACAGUAAUGCUGGGAAAUAACUUAUGUUGCACUGUUGUAUUUGCAAUGGAGUGUGUAAAAAAAGAGUACAUAAAGCUCAGACAUUUUGAGGUUUUCAGCCUAAUUCUUUUGGCUGCAGAUACAGCUAACUUGAGCUCUGCUUUUUGACUGAUGGAACCUUCCCAUCUUACCUGAGGCUUGCUGGAUGCUGUCCUUGCUUUCCAAUACAACUCACUGACUGAUUUCUCUGCACUUUGAGCAUUAUUACUUAAGUUGUUUCAGCCACUUAGUUCAACCCCUUUUUUUCACAAGGAACACAGCAUUUUUUGUGGAGUUCCCUUGUCUUAUAAAAAGGAAAAAGGAUCCUGGAGUAUUGAGAAUUGUGAGUUCCAUUUUGAGUGACAUGUACUACAUGAAUUUACAUUUCCCAUAUGUUUUUCCCCUUGAAAAUAUUCAGAAAUAUAAUUUGUGUCAUCA